GAUAUGCUGCUUGCUCGAUAUGGUAAUGUUUGUUGUUUUUUUUUCUCUUCUCUCGGUCAACAGCACAGAUGCGUACCAGCAUAAACUAAAAACUGUGCAAUAACUGUGUAGGUAAAGUGUGCGGUGCUUCUAAAGUGAGUGAAAUUAUCGAAACGCUAACAAUUCGUGCGGUCAAAAGCACGUGUAUCGUGUUGCGCUGCCCGGUGAGUGGCGAGUUGUUGGAGGAGUGCAGAAAGCAAAACAAUUCCUGUUUGUGCCUGUUUUGCAACCCAUCGCAGCAUGCCUGUGUCGAUGCAGAACAGUGCAGUGAAGUUGUUGAAUGCAGCAAAAGUGUAGGAAAAAGGGGAUGAGUAGUGCGGUGCUUAAAAGAUAAUCCACGGCAAGGGUAAUGAAUUAAAUAAGAAACAAAGCUUCAUAGUUAAUGUAGAUAAGACAACAUUGAUUGAAGAUAAGAGGGAAAAAGAAACAAAACAAACCAAUUGAUCGGGCUGUAUGUGUGUGUGUGUCUAUGCUGUGGAAUGGAUUGGUGUAAAAUUGUGACUCCAAAAUUGAAUGCGGCAUUUUCAGUGCGGGGUCAAUGAAAAGUGAGUUGUUUCUACGAAAAAUACACAGCCAAAAGUGCAUCAAACAUCGAACGCGCGACGCUCCUUUCUUCAGCUUGAUUGACGGGAUGAUUUGAUGAGCUGCGGGAGCAGUGUUGUUCGUGCGGAGCGAAUUUUGGCGUGAGCUUUUUCUGGCAGUUGUCGAUUCAGGUGAGCGCUUCCGGAGGUUCGAGAAUUCCAAUCCCAGCCCGCUCCAAUAAUGCCCAAUAUAGUUUUCACAUUGCACGAAUUGUUGCUGCUGAUGGAUGUGGAGAGAUGAUGUGAAGGAAAAUCUGCACGCGGGGCACACGAGGACUGCAGCCAGCAGCAUGGUUUUGUGAAGGGUCACACACAUAUGGUGGCAUUUUUCCCCGUCCAUCAGGGCAAUCCUCACAACAACCCUCAUCCCGCAACCAGGAUGCCACCGGUUGCAAGAUAAGACUCCCGGCGGCAGCAGCAAUUCUCCGGGAACGGGAUGUCCGGGUUUUAACCUUCGGGGCAAAUAAAAAUAAACCCCUCCAGAGAAGAACCUGCGGGACAGCGAGUGUACAGAUAGACACACACGCCGGUUUUAUGUGUGUGAGUGUGUAUGAAAGUGAAGAUCCUUAACCCAAUUGGAAGCAAACGAGCCAAAGCCUCAAAAGACUCAGAUGAGCUGGUGAAAGGAGCAGUGUUGCGUGGGUUUGUGUCUCUCGCAAAGAGACGCGGUGCGAGUGUGUUUAUGAUGUGUGGCAAGUGUUAGAAACCCUUUCGAACACCCACUCACUCACACACACACACAUACAGAAAACGGUGUGUGCGUGUGUGCUGUGUUAAGGACAUUGUGUGUGGUGGGGACGCGCGUGCAUGUGCAUCCGUUCCGAUCUGAAGCCGUCCCACGACCACGACCACCACCGCCGCCAGAAUGUCGUGCUGUGAGGGCACCCGGUCGUUGCACAAGCGCUACAAGAUAUCCCUGGCCACCGGUGGUAAGGCCGGUCGGAGUGAGGCGACGACGACGACAGCAGCGGCAGCAACUUUAUCACCAUCACCACCAGCGAAUGAUAGCAGCCGGGUGUGCGGCAUGGCGAUCGCGGACCUUACCACGCGCCACAGUGAUAGUAGUAGCGGUGGCGACCGCCGGGCAGACGGUGCCCGCGACACCGACCUUAGUAUAAGCACUACCAAAAGUGACCCCCGGUUUAGUAGGAUCGACAGCAGCAGCAGCAGCAGCAGUAGUAUUAUCAGUCCCGCCCGCACACGCCGAAGGACGACGGGGUCGGACACGGCCCGAAGGAAGUGUGUGGUGGUGGGGUCGCCGCGGACCGGCUGGACUGGCCAUCAGCGGCGGCAUGUCGGCGGGCUGUUGGUAGUUUUUGUAAGUAGCAUUCUGCUGGUUCUGCUAUCGGCGCCCGACCGUGCCGGUGCCGUACUGCUCGACACGAACGGCGGUGUCGGGGGCGCUGGGGAGGGCAAAGCGCCGGUGCAAGCGUUUGGCGACGAGCUCGGUGGGGUGAAUCUGGAGCGCAGCAUAGCGGCAGUGUUUAGCCGGGUGGCGUACGGGUCGACCACCACCACCAAGCGCAGCAUACCGGACAACGUGUACGUGCCGAGCCUGACGACCGUCUCCACGCCGCUGCUGACCACGUUCAGGUACGACAACAAGAACAAGGACGCACUGGGCGGAUCGAGCCCGGGCGGUGGCGCCGGACUCGGCGAGAAGGACUCGCACUACAACCAGCAGCAGAUCAGCGCCAACCACCGGAACUACGAGCUGGAUCUCGAGCGGGAUCACGUGCUGCCGACGUCGGCACCGAACGCGGAAAUCCUGAAGAGCAACAGCAACCCGACCUACCCGAACCCGAACCGCCAUCACAACCACGAUCGUCACCGGCACUCCAACUCGACGCCAUAUCCGCACGGUCACAAUGCGAAAAAGGGCUUUCCAACCAACUCGAUGUUCGCGGGAGAUAUCCCCGCGUACUCUCCGCCCUCCCGUACUUUCUUCACGCCACCGCUGCCCCGCAACUACACCAACCCGUUCGCCGACAAGCCAACGCUCCGCGGCACCAACAGUGACAGCACGAUCAUCAACACGGGAACGUACGCAAACCGACGGCCACUGCCACCGCCCAGCCUGAUGCCGGGGCACGAGCGAAUCCCGAUGCGUCCGCCAGAUCUUGUUCCCGGAGCACCCGGAGCUGGUAAUCUCGGCGGUGGAAUGGCACCCCUACCAAACCCUGCUGGUAAUGGACCCUCCUCGAAGGUUGGUCCGGAUAAUGGUGGGAUGCUACCGGCAGGAUCUUCCGGUCUACCCAACUCCCAAUCGAUGGACGCGCAGCGCAAGAAGGCGCUCAACACACCCUCGGAGAAGUCGAACAAACUGGACGCGGCCAAGGGCGGAUAUGACGGUAACAGCAAGCUGUUCCUGCUGGACGAGAAUGCCAACUCGAGUGCGAUCUUGCCGAACGGGAUGCACUUCCCGUCGAUCUCGCGCAUCCUGUCUGGUUCGAACGGACGCCCGCAGAUGAUACCGGACGUACUGCUGCGGUCAGUCACGUCAGCACCUCGUCCGAAUCAACCAGCGUACGACCUUGGAGGAGGUGGCGGAGGUCUUGGUGGUGGUACGACUUCCCUCAGCAAUGCGAAGAAUCCAGGCAGCAGACCGGGCGGCUUGGAUGGCGACCGCGAUCGAGAUGGUGGCGAUGGUGGAGCAUCGGAAGGACCUGAGGGUGGUGAUGGUCGACGUCACUUUGAGGAUGACGAAGGCGAAAACGACGAAGACGAGGAAGAUGAAGAGGAUGAUCCGUUUGAGGAGGGUGCCGCACGGCAGCAACCAUCCGGCGGUAGUACCUCACACAUUGCCACCUCCACCGUAUCGUCCAUGCACGUGCAGUCCUCAUCAUCAUCCCCGAUUACCCAGCGGAUGCCCAACCUGAACCUCAAAUCCGUCAUGAUCAAGAACGGCACGGGCGAGGAGGGUGCGGGCGGUAGUAAUGCCGGUGGAGCGUACGGGAACGAUCGCAACUUCCAGGGCGAAAUCGCCGACAUCAGCACGUGGACGAUCGCGUGGAACGUGCACGUCUACCUGUCGGCCAUCCUGUUCACCAUACUGGCCGUCUACUCCAUCUUCAAGAUCAUCUUCUACGACAAGCUGACGCACCUGUUCUCGCAGGCGUACUUCAUCAGCAUCCAUCUGAUCCUGAUCAUCAUCUGUCUGCUGCGCAUCUUCUACCUCUGCUACGAUGCGUACAACAUGCACUUCAGCUUCAACCUGUUCGUGUCGGAGCUGCUGCUCAAUCUGCCCCUCACCUUCCUCACGACCACGUUCGCCAUUUUGAUCCUGUUUCUGCUGCUGCGCUCCAUCAACCACAAGACGAACCGGUACAGCUCGAUCCUGCGCCCGCUCACGAUUAUGAUCGGGUCCGGCGUGCAUGUGACGCUCUGCAUCACGCUCCAUCUGGUGGAGUCGUACGAGACGAAGCAGUUCUACCACAAGCAGCAUCAGCUGCAGCUGGCAAACAAGCAGCUGCUGGGCGCCGGGGCCGGUAUGGGAGGGCGAGGCGGUGGUGUGCAUGCCCCUCCGACCAACAUCCAGAUACCGCCGCGCGUCCUCUCGCUCAUCUGCCAGAUCAUCUACAUCUUCAUCUGUCUCAGCCUGGGCAUCCUGUACCUGUACAUGUACCGGCUGCUGAAGCGCAUCCUGCACAAGAGCCAGAACUACAUCCACGGCUACAACAAUCUGUCGUACGCGAUCCACAUCACCAUUGCGACGGCACUGCUGUUCAUUCUGCUGGCCGCGCUGCAGAUCUACGGUGCGAUCAGCAUCAGCUCGCAGACCCGCGUAAAGCUGUCGCCAAGCAGUGGGCUACCGGGGGAUGUUCCCGGCGGUCGUCCCGGUGGUGGCGGCGGCGCCGGUGGUGGCACACUUUGGGCGUCACACAUCGAGAUCGAUUGGUUCCAGUGGGGCUACCAGUUCAGCAUACGCUUCAUCGAGAUCGUGAUCGUGGCGCUGCUAUCGUGGGUGACGGGGCUCAAAACUGGCACCUCGAAGGUGAUCCAGCGCGAGAAGGAUAUGGAGCAGCCGAACGCGAGCGGGUUCGCCCUGUUCCCGUGCACCUCCAGCUCGAGCCAGGAAAAUUUCGAAACGGACUACCCGGCCGUGUGCAACACCAACCGCAACCUGCACACGUACACGAUGCGCACGGGGAAGCCGAUCUACGACGACAACUUUGCGCUCAACUCGCUCAACCUCGAGCCGAACAAUCAGCAGGACCUGCAGCUCGGACCGCCGGGCGGUGUCCCGGUCGGGGCGAACGAGUUCCAGCGCUCGCUCGAAACGAACAGCAUGCGCUCGUCCUCGCACAACUACAGCAACAACUACAACGGCAGCAGCAGCAACAACGAGCACGGCAUCGUUGGUGGCGGGCCCGAUUCGGCCGACGAUUUCCUCAACGAGACGGAACCGAUGCCGGACCACUACGAAAACCCCAACUUUGAGCUGAAGCAUCACCACCAGCAGCAGCAUCACCAUCAGCACAGUGGUGGUGGUGGCAGUGUGGGCGCUUCCUCCAACCAGUACCACGACAUCAUGGACAACUGCUACUCGGAACCGAUCGGGGCGCCCCAGUACGACACGAAGUCGCUGCGGGGUGGACAACCGCCGCCGUCGUCCGGGCAUCCGAUGGCACCACCACCGCACCAUCGCAACUACGACUUCCAGAACUUCGAGCGGCCGAACUUUGACCCGCAGCACCUGCCGCCGGCGGUCCCGCAACCGCACUCCGCGCUGAGUGCCGCCCAGUCGAUGGCACGCGGUGAGUUCCGGGCGUCCAAAAACCUGAAAACGCUCAAGAGCGGUCAGCUACAGAACGAUCUCGGCGGUGGCGGUGGUGCGAACACGAUGGGCCAUCAUCACUACAACCACCAUCAGCAGCAGCAGCAGGGCGGCGGACCGAUGGUGCCCGGACCGGGCGAUUCCUUCGACCGGCGGAUCGGGGUGCGGAAGAGCGGCACGCUGAACAACAUCGGCGCGAUGCACUUCAACCCGCACGGUAGCGGACGGAACAACAACUCCAACUCGUCGGCCUCUUCGUCCUCCUCGAACAACCGGGCGGUGCAGCAGCAGCAGCAGCGCCGUGCCGGCCCAAUGUCCGGCGCACAAACGCUCAGCUCGGCGGCAGCCCAUCAUCACCCGCAGCAGCAGCAGCAGCAGGGUGGGUUUGUGGCCCAUCCGGGCAGCUUCAACGACCGGCUACUGAACGGUGGCGGUAUCGGGGCCGACUCGCUCGAGCGGAUUGCGGCCCACGAUGGCAACUUUGACGACGGCGGCAGUGGCAGCGGCACCGGUUACUACCACAGCAAGAAGCGCUCCCGGGACUCGUCCAGCUCGGGGUACGCGGGCGGCGGCCCGGUGGUGGUACCGUACGCGACCAGCAACGAUCAUCACCAUCAGCAUCAUGCGGCGCACCAUCACGAUUCGUCCUCGUCGCCGACGGCAAGCCUCGGCGGCAGUGGCAACGGUACGCCCACCUCCGGUCCACCGAACGGGGGCGGCAUCCUGCCCGGGAAGAUUGAACCGCGGGCGGCCCAGGACAACGGCAGCAUGCUGGUGGCGGAGCAAGGGUUUGUUCGGUUUCGGGCGCUCGAGGAACCGGCGCUAGGGUCGCGGACAAACUUGCGCGACAAGGGUGGCAAGAUGUUCAUCAAUUCGUAAAGCGCAAAAGAUUUCUCCCCCCCUCCCCCCUUCGCCCCACAUCCUUUUCCCCUUUCUUUUUCGUCUCGCUUUGACCCCUGAUAGACGUGGACCACGUGGGCACGAUUUGGUGCGUAAACGGUGCUGUAGCGUACUGGUGUGUUUGUGUUAGGGAAGCUCAUACAUUGCCGUUUUAGUUGUGUCACAACAAUGUGGCAACAUACAAAACAAACACACAAAUAGAAACAAAUUGAUCGAAGGAGGCCGUGCCGAUGGGAGACAGAGAAAGAGAGAGAGAGAAAGGAAACAAUUCCGUGCUGUGCAUGUAAAUAGUUUAGUAGAGGUGGGGGGGGGGGCGAACGUGUUGAGAUGGGAAAGGACUGAUCUAUCCCUCUCACGCAGCUCACUGAAUUGAAGGGCGGGAAUUUGACUUCUUCCUUUCCCCUUCAAUUAACACCCCCCGAAGACGCAUUUCACUUCUCUCGCCUGGGCCAUAAUUCUUUUAAUAAGGAUAAUUGAGCACACACACACAAUCGCACGUACACAAACAGCAAAAACACACAGUAGUAGCAGUAGUAGGCUCUGGUCGGUAGUUUCUUUGCAAAAAGAAGGGAUACGAGCGGAUGCGGUUGCGGACGUGCUGGGAAUUCGUAAUCUCACACCACCCACAACACCAUGAUUUCCGACUCUCCCCGUGUCGCAAUUAGCAACUUUUGCUGCACGGAGCCAAGGCGCUGACGCAAUGUGUUGGCGGGGAUUGAGAGCCUACAUUUGGGCGCUGGGUGAGGUGUCUUAUUAAGCGUCUUUUUGGUGCUUUUUAAGGCAACAGCAGCCAGCAGCGCAGUACAAAACGAAGGGGGGCAUCCCUGCCGUUUUUCAGUAAUUUAAUUACACACAGACACACACAAACAAACACUUUGAGAGGGAGAGAGAAGGAGAGAGAGAAGGAAAGAGAAAAAGAGAAGGUAAUAGGCAACUAUUAGGCAGCCGUAAACUUAUUGUGAUGAUUUAAUCCGUCGUCUGUAGAGCAGUGGUGGUAAAUAUUUAGCCGAAGCAACCAACAACCAAUGUAAGUUUCCUUCCCCCUGCUCUCCCCACCUCCAUAUGUUCUCCUGCCAAGUGUACAGAAAAGAGAGGGAGAGAGAGAGAGAAGAAAAACAAUAGAUAAUAUAAUUUGUGUCGUCCCUCCGCUACUUUCUUGCCAUAUAUACAUGUGGAUGGGAAUGGGAGCAGAAGCUAAAAGGGGAAACUCCCUGUUAAGCCACACCCUCCUACCCCCAGUAGCACACCGUAUCGCCCAGUCACCACGUGGUCAUUCUUUGCUGCUACAGCUAUCCUGCCCCCCCCCCCCCUUCCCUCAACCACGCCGAUUUGCGCGCAAUGCUAUAUGAUGAACGUCGCCUCUCUGGCGCGCCGUAUGUGAUCGUGUGAUUCGUGAAUGUUUUCUUUGUUUUUGUGGACAAAAGAACAACAAGAAACGCUAGUCUGUUUUAUAUAAAUGUAACACACCCUCCCCCCCCCCCUCCCUCCCCACUGUACAUGAACCUGUAACUAUAUAGCUAUAUAUAUAUAUAAAUGUAUAUGUGAAUAUCGUUUUAUUUUUUAAACUAUUAUUAUUAUCUAAAACAUAUUAUAGUUCGGAUGCGCAUAUAUAUAUAAAUAAGCGAGGUUAGUGUGUAAGAGUGCGCGUGCGCGUGGUUUAUGUUGGGUUAUGUUUUUUUUUUUUGCUACCUUUCUCAAUCGAUUUUACUUAUCCUUUCGGUGCAAAACGGAAGGGGGAGAUUAAGAAGAAGAAAACACACACAGACACACGCAAGGUGUGAAUGAAAGGAUGUAAAGUAAGGGGAAGGUUUUAAUUCGUUCUUAAUUAGUACGUACGCAACAGUCGGAACCCGACCACAAGCAGAGGAUCUGCCGAAAGCAUUUAAGCAGCAUUAUUACCUUUGUUGUUUUUUUUUUAAGCAUCUCUCUUAAGGCGAGCCUUUAUCUUGGAUAGUUUUUUUUUUGUUUUGUUCGAUUUUUAACAAACCCAUUUUGCCCACUUGUGUGCAUAAAUGUGUGUGUGUGUCGCCUGUUCGGCUGCAUUCCCCCUCCCCAACAAAAAAGGAGCGUGUGAUAGCGAAGUUGAAUAGUAACAACAUAAUGAAAUACAUGGCGCUACAAAGUUGAAGGCGCACACGGAACAAAACGCACGAAAACGUAGCUACUUAAUAGAACGGUGUGCGGCAACGAGGACAGGUUUUGUCCUAUGCUCUUGUGCGCCCCGACGAAAUGCUUAACAAGGAUCUCCUCCCCGCCCCCCUCCGAGAGGUCCGAACUGAAAUGAAUAGGUAUGUGUGUGUGCGU